UAAUAUCGGUCAUUGCCUACCUAUCUCAGCGAGUAAAGUUGCGCAUGCGUCUGUAGUGAAAUCAGUUUGUGUUGAAUAAAAUAGAGUUGUGGUCCAUUUGCUUAAAGUUUUUUUUCAAAAAACAAUAAUUUUUGAUUUUUUUUGUGGAUGUCGAUAAUAAUUUAAGAAACAACAGAAUGGCCUAAGACAAAGAAAGACCGGCUAGCAACUCAAUGGUCAUGGGUUCAGAUCUCAAUUGACGUAAAGACGUAAUCGUUCCCCAAGAAAUAACUGUCGAAGACAAUUUGCUUAUUAGUCGCCGCAACAAGGUUAGCUACACAAUUUGCAAAAGAGAUGAUAAAAAAAGAAGUUUUUAAUAAACGUCACAAAUAGUCUCAAGUAAAAAAGCGACAGUAAGACAAUCCUGCGAGAAAGUGUUAUAGUAAAGACUGAAAACAAACUGCCUAAAGAAUUAACAGAAGUCCCAAAAGCAAGAUGAAAACCGUCAUGUGUAUUACCAUUCUGGGGGCCGUAGUUUUGGCCACCUCGGCUUCAAUAGUGAAAAAUUGCGCCAAAUCUAAAACUCAUCUGAUUGAUGAACAAAAUGAUGUAAACAUAUCGAAUUGCCCUAAAAAUAAAUGUUCGCUGAAACGUAAUACUGACACUCUGGUCGAAAUCAAAUUAAAACCAAAACGUGACUUUAAGGAACUCAAUUCCGAUAUCCAGGGCAUAAUAUUAGAUGUUCCCAUACCGUUUCUUGGCUAUUACGGUACCAGUGCUUGCCCUCAUAUUUAUGAUGCCGAAGGUAAAAAUAAGGUUGGCUGCCCCUUGAAAGCAGGCGAAACUUACCUCUACAGAAAUAGUUUUAAAAUAUUGCCUGUUUAUCCGACCGUCAGUCUAGUGGUACAUUGGGGUUUGGGCGAUAAAGACGAUGAUGUCGUCUGUUUCGAAGUGCCAGCGAAAAUUAAAGCUUAAUUUUAAAUGUUAACCUUAAUAUUAAUGUGAUAAAAUUUAGAAAUAGAAUCUGAGAGCUUUUUUCUAGAAGCAUGUAAGAUAUUUGCCUUUUUUUUUAAUAACAUACAUACAAAACAUAAUUGUUCUUUUGAUAUGAUUUUGUUAUUACAUAUAUUGAUGCCUCCAGCCUUGGCAUCAAUAUUUAUAUAACGAAAUAUUUAUUUUUACAAAAGUUUUUUUCGUUUCUGUACAUUUUAAACAAAUAGUUACUAAAGAAAGUUCGAGGGAAAAAUUAACAAAAAAUUAUAUAUGAAUAAAAUGAAAUAACAAAAA